AUGACCUCAAGGUCAGCUCAUCUGCAUAACCCACAGCCGGGUGUGCUGCACAGCCGACCAGGGGUACCUGGGGAAGAGCUGGCGAAAGAAGCAGAAAGCAUUUUGCAGGAGAUGGCACAUAACUUCAAGAUGUCCAAUAUCCGUGUGCUAGGGUUUUUGUUUCCUAAGUUUUACAGAAAUUUAUAUCAACACAUUUAUGUAAACAGAGCUGGUAUUGAGAAGUUACGGAAAACUAUGAAAGAAACUCCUGUGGUAUUGCUACCAUCGCAUAGAAGCUAUAAUGAUUUCUUAUUAAUGUCGUAUAUCCUUUAUCACUAUAACCUUCCAUUACCAAGAAUAGCAGCUGGUGCAGAUUUCAUGGCAAUGAAAUUUGUGAAUCAAAUUCUACGCUGGGCUGGUGCUUUCUACAUCCGUCGUAGUUUCGGUUCGGACAAGCUGUACUGGGCUGUGUUCACAGAGUACGUGCAGAAGUUGAUAGUGAACGGUGAAGCACCAGUGGAAUUCUUCUUGGAGGGAACAAGGAGUCGUACAGGGAAGUCCCUUCCGCCAAAGUUAGGCUUGUUAUCUGUUGUGUUGGAGCCGUUCCUAAAGUGCAAGGUAGCUGACGUUAGCCUCAUUCCCAUUGGAGUAAGCUAUGAGAGGACCCUUGAGGAGUUCCUGUAUGCCAGGGAGAUGUUGGGAAUACCGAAACCAAAGGAAUCCACAUCGGGCCUGAUUAAAGCUCGCAGCAUUUUUGAAGAUGACUACGGAAGCAUCUACAUUAACUUUGGAGAUCCAAUCUCAAUUCGAACUCUUUGCGAAGGACAUGUGGAGAGGGCUGCUUAUAGUUUGUCACCAAGGUUCUUAUUUUCACUGACCAAGCCAGACCAGCAGUUCAUCUUUGAACUGGCUUACACUGUACUACUAGAACAGCAGAAGAGUUUGGUUGUGUCGCCAUGGGUACUCAUUGCUAGCCUUCUCAUCCAGUCACCAAGAGGUAUUCAUCUGGAUUAUUUGUGCAAGAGGGUGGAAUGGCUGAAAGAUAUUGUUAUAAACUUUGGGGGAAAUAUUAAAUGGCCAGUCAGUGAUAGUCUGCUGUCAGUGGUGAAGUCUAGUCUUGCAGUACACCACACUGCUGCAUCGCUUAUGAAGGACAACAGAGUGUACGUCAACAGCGCUUCAACAUGGAUUGCUCCUGGUGAAGCUCCACCUACUGUUGCCAUGACAAAAGAGGAGGUCAUGACCAUAGCAACGACCCACAUCCUCUUGAGUAGCUACAGGAACCAGUUAACCCCAAUGAUGAAGCAGGCGGCUAUGAUAGCAUUGACAUUUUCCAACCUUAAAUCUCUCAGUAAAGAUUUAGUCAGUGAUAGUCUGCUGUCAGUGGUGAAGUCUAGUCUUGCAGUACACCACACUGCUGCAUCGCUUAUGAAGGACAACAGAGUGUACGUCAACAGUGCUUCGACAUGGAUUGCUCCUGGUGAAGCUCCACCUACUGUUGCCAUGACAAAAGAGGAGGUCAUGACCAUAGCAACGACCCACAUCCUCUUGAGUAGCUACAGGAACCAGUUAACCCCAAUGAUGAAGCAGGCGGCUAUGAUAGCAUUGACAUUUUCCAACCUUAAAUCUCUCAGUAAAGGUGUUAUGUUCAAUAGGUAUCGUUUCUUAGUGAGUCUGAUGUCAAAAGAGUUUAUAUUUCAUCCUAGGACUACAACUCAGGAUUUUGAAGCAAUCCUCAGGAAGUUGGAUGCAUCAUACUUUGUGUUGAUAUCUGGUGAGACCAUCUCUGUGACAACACAUGGUGUGACCCUGGUGCAGUUCCUACAGAAGAUGUUCCACCCAUUUUUACUUGGUAGCUGGUUUGUCUGUCAGUAUUUACUAAGCUUGAAUCAAGAGGAUGACAUCACCAUUGGCAAUGCAUUAACUCGAGAGAUCCAGGAUGUAGUAGCAAGCAGGAUAGCAGAAGUUUCUACGUUCCUUCAGGAUUUUGAAGCAAUCCUCAGGAAGUUGGAUGCAUCAUACUUUGUGUUGAUAUCUGGUGAGACCAUCUCUGUGACAACACAUGGUGUGACCCUGGUGCAGUUCCUACAGAAGAUGUUCCACCCAUUUUUACUUGGUAGCUGGUUUGUCUGUCAGUAUUUACUAAGCUUGAAUCCAGAGGAUGACAUCACCAUUGGCAAUGCAUUAACUCGAAAGAUCCAGGAUGUAGUAGCAAGCAGGAUAGCAGAAGGUGACUUGGUUGAAUAUGACAUCCUAUCUCUAAAUCUUCUUGACAAUGCUGUCAAAACUUGCAUACAACUUGGAGGACUGGUGAACUACAAAUCAGGAGACAAGAAAUCCCUAAAAACAAACCACGCUGUUCUCAAUAAGGUAGCAAGUGAAAUAGAUGAAAUGAUCCCUGUUCCUUAUCUGCUGCAGGAGAAACCGAUCACAAAUGGAAAGUUAGUUCAACCUGCUGCUAAGCUUUGAGAAAUUUCACAAAUCUUGAAAAUGUUUGGAUCAAGGUCACUGCCAUUGUUGAUUUUUCUCAAGCUUGUGAAACAUGUUUUUUUUUUUUGUGACGUCUUAGACUGGCCUUCACCCUGCGGUGUGAUGAUGAUGAUGUUGAUGUUGACCGAGAUUUAAAGUUAAAAUAGUAAAUAUUUAAAUGUAUACUUUAACAGGUUAUGAGAAAACCAUGUGGGAAAUGUAGGUAGUCAGAUCAUUUAAGCAUGAGCCCCCAUUAAUUCACUAUUUUGGAAAAUGUAAGUUCUAUUGUUGGAAGACAGUGCACAGAAUCUCGGCCACUGUCAUAGUUAAGUACUGACCCAAAUAGCAUUGAUGGUGCUAAAUUGCAGUUUUGAAAUUGCAAUUCAAAGUUCAAGAAAGGCAUUAAGGUUCAACAUUGAUCAUUUUAUAGUCCAAAAAUACACAUAGCGCCCUGGUAGUGAUAUUUGAAAUAAGGGUCAGUGAGUUGGCAAUGCGUUUUACAUAGGUUUUAGGGCAGGCGUGUAAGACGACCUUCCUGUUUCAUUGUCAGAAAUCCUACUUUUUGCUGCUUUUAUGAUCUUUAUAUGCAUCUAGCUGGCAAAAUAUGGAGCCAAAUGUAAGGCUAAUCUUCCAUUUAGUGGUUCCAUUUAGUGUUCAUCAAAAUCUUUUCUCCCCGCAUUCAAAAUUGCGUUUAGUAACUUCCCGUGUUACGGACAAUCCGCACCUAAGACAAACAUGAUUUAAAAAUUAAAAAUUGUAUGUGUUGUACGUAAGGCCACCCGCUGUUUUUCGAUGAUAAUUUACUAUUUUAGGUCCCGUUUUAUAUAUGAGAAUAUAUCGCCAGCCAUCACAUUCUUCUAGCAUUUUGGUUGCUUAUAAAGUGGUUUUUCAUACAUCAUAUACAUCUCCUUCUUGGUUAACAAUAUAUAACUAUUAACUUUUUAAAUGUUGGGUCAAUUGAAUUUGGGCAACACCAUAUUUUGCCUUUUAAAUGCUAUGUCUGAAAAUUAUAAGGAAACUUUAGAUAUAAGGGUUGAUGAAAAUCAUGGUGGUUAAAUUUUGACAAGUAUAUUUAUUUAUUUAUAGCAUAAAUUUAUUGUAAUCAAGUUAUUAAUGUUUUAUUGUUUGUAUUCAGACAGAAAAGUUUUUGUAAUUUGGAUAUUGAAUUUUUUAUUUCAAAAUGAGGAAUUAUUUGCAUGAUUGCAUUUUGUACAUUUUGCUAUUUCCAUAUAAUUACAAUUGAUACUAACUUAACAGAGAGUAAAGAAUUUUUGUGUAUAUUACUCUAAAAGUUAUAUAAAUAUUUAAUUAAUAUCUUUCUUAAUGUUAUAUUUAUCUAUCAAGCCUGUUAUAGAAUCAGCAGUAUGCAUUCUUGGAAUGUUAGCAAUAGUAAUAAUUAUGUAUUCAUAUAAUGCCACAAAUUUGAACCUGGAGGUGCUUUAUAAAUCAAAGGAAAUAAUAAUAAACACAUUUUUAAAGCAAACACAA